CACACAGAGACCAGAAGAAGGGUAUCUGCAUGCACAGUACCCAGGACCAAGCAAUCCACUUGGAAGAGGAGUCUAAUCCUUCAGCAACCCCAACAUCCUCUAGGAAAAUGCCCAAAAGCAUUUCAAUAUCCAAGCAACUGGCUUCAAUUAAAGCUUUAAAGAAGGGUUCAGAUCUGGAAAAAGCCAUUGCUACUGCCGCUUUGAUUUUCCGAAACUCUUCUGACCCCGACGGCAAACUUGGAAAAGCUACUGCCAAAAAUCUGCUGCAAACUCAAUUUAGGAAUUUCACAGAGGGACAGGAAACCAAGCCAAAAUACCAAGAGAUCCUUUCUGAACUGGAUGAGCAUACAGAAAAUAAGCUUGAUUUCGAGGACUUCAUGGUCUUGCUCCUAAGCCUUACCAUCAUGUCAGAUCUACUACAAAAUAUAUGGAGUGCAAAAAAUGAGAAGUAACAGUUUUAAAUGUGAGGAUUGAUAAAAUAAUGUCACGGCACAGUGUCAAAUGAUUAAAGAUUUUUUUUUUUCCUUC